UGACUAAAUUCACUUUGAUUUCUAUACACGGUUCAAUUUUUCCUUCCGGUUUUCACCACUGGCAGUUCGUUUCCCCAACUGGGUUUUUCUUAAUUUCCUUUUUCUUUUUCAUUUUCUAUCGUCCUGGUGUGAUUCAGCAAGAAUUCACGUUUCUUGCUUAUGAAAUUCCAUGCAAUGAAGUGUUUUCACUACUUCAAGGACAAGAGUCGGAGCAAGGGACGACAAAGAUCAGCCCCCGAGUUGAAAGGACACUCCGGUGCUGAUCCGAUGAUCACAAAAUCCUCUUGCUCGGCAGCUUCUCCGCGCAGCUUACCGGAGUUGUACGAAGAGAGAGCUCAUAAUCUGAGGGUCUUUUCUUUCUCGGAGCUUAGACAAGCCACUCAUGAUUUCAAUUCGUUGCUUAAGAUCGGUGAAGGCGGGUUCGGGAGUGUUUAUAAAGGCUCAAUCAAGCCUGUUGGUGGAAAAGGUGAGCCUGCCGUGGUUGCUAUUAAAAAGCUUAACGAGAAUGGCUUGCAGGGACAUAAACAAUGGGUGACGGAAGUUCAAUUUCUCGGAAUCGUCGAGCACCCGAAUCUCGUCAAACUCAUAGGAUACUGUGCUGUCAAUGGAGAAAGAGCGAUUCAGCGUCUUCUGGUAUACGAGUUCUUGCAAAACAAGAGCUUAGAAGAUCAUCUUUUCGGUCGGGCGUUCCCGCCUCUUUCUUGGGUAACAAGAUUGCAUAUUAUACUCGGAGCAGCCGAAGGAUUAUCUUAUCUGCAUGAGGGUUUAGAAGUUCAGGUGAUAUAUAGAGAUUUCAAAGCCUCCAAUGUGUUACUGGAUGAGAAGUUUAAUCCGAAGCUGUCGGAUUUCGGGCUCGCGAGGGAGGGGCCAAUGGCUGGAGACACGCAUGUUUCGACAGCCGCUGUAGGGACUUUUGGCUAUGCUGCUCCUGAUUACAUCGAGACCGGACACCUUACGGAUAAGAGCGAUGUAUGGAGCUUUGGCGUGGUACUGUACGAGAUUCUUACGGGCAGGCGGUCGUUGGAACGAGGCCGUGCAAAACCAGAGCAGAUACUGUUGGAUUGGGUGAAGCUCUUCCCUGCAGAUGGUAAGAAGUUCAAGUCAAUAAUGGAUCCGCGACUCGAAAACCGGUUUUCGAUCAGUGCCGCUAGAGACAUUGCCAAGUUAGCAGACGAUUGUUUAUCAAAAAGCCCCAAGGGCAGGCCGAAGAUGAGCCAGGUGGUGGAGAGAUUGAAGCAGAUAAUCCGGGUUUCGAACGAAGCGACCAAUGAGGAGAUCGAGAGCCCUGAGGUAUCUGAUACUGAGUCGGAACAUAAUUCGUAUCAAUCGGGCGGUUCCGAAUCAUGGAAAAGGCGAAUGGCGCACCUUGCGAAACUCGGUGAACAUGGAGAAGCUGCAAGUAGAAGGAGAUUGAUGAUGUUGCAGAAGGCCAAAGUGGCUUAACUUCCUCAGAAAAUGAUGGCAGACUAGUCUAAUGUUAAAUAUAUCUGUUAAUCUAUAUGAAAAACAAAUAAAAAGGGGAUAGAAUCAAAAUUUAUCACAUCCGCCACAUAGAUGUAAGAAAUAUUGUAUAUAAACAUUUAUUGAGUUAAUUG